CUAAUGAUUUUUUCCAUGGCGUGCCUUUGGCAGGCACCUAUUGCUCACUGCCGAACAUUUAUGUUUCCAUUUCCAGCAUCUCAAGCCCACCUCUAACUCUGGAAAUUCUGCGAAGAAUUUAAAAAGUGAUUGGAGGCAUUGUUUGUAAUGUUGCCGUGCCGAGCGCAUUUUUGAACUAGAGGAAUUGUCAGAUAAACUUUUGCCAUGUCUCUACUUUGUGUAAGAGUAAAGAAAGCCAAACUCCAAGGAUCUCCAGGUAAGUUCAAUAGCUAUGUGACGCUGAAGGUGCAGAAUGUCAAGAGCACCUCCAUUACCGUGAGAGGGGACCAGCCAUGCUGGGAGCAGGACUUCAUGUUUGAGAUCAACUGUUUGGACCUGGGCCUCAUUGUGGAGGUGUGGAACAAAGGCCUUAUCUGGGACACCAUGCUGGGGACUGCCUGGAUCCCCCUCAAGAGCAUCCGCCAGUCAGAGGAGGAGGGCUCAGGGGACUGGACCUUCCUGGAUGCUGAGGUUUUGAUGAAGGCUGAUGAGAUCUACGGCACCAAGAACCCAACACACCACCAGGUUCUUCUGGACUCCCACUUUGAGCUGCCCUUUGACAUCCCAGAUGACGAGGCGCAGUACUGGACCGGCAAGCUGGAUCGCAUCAACACUAUGAGGAUCUAUGAUGAGGAUGAGGUCCAGAGACGCCUCAUGCCUCCCGCUGCCUCCCAAUGCUCCCUGGAUGACCAUGACAGUGCAGUGGACGACCGGGACAGUGACUACCGCAGUGAGACCAGCAACAGCUUGCCCCCGCGCUACCAUACUACGGCCCAGCCCAACUCCUCCAUGCACCAGUACCCCAUGGGCCCCCAGCUCCAGAACCACCUGGACUCCUGCACAGACUCCAUGCACAGCUUUGACAUGGACUACAGAGACCACCGCGGGAGCAGUCCGGUAGAAAGUAGUCGCUUUGGGUCCUCUGGGAACCUGAGCCAGACCAGCUCCCAGAUUAGUGAGACAGGCCAGGAGAGUGCUCCAGGCUCAGGGCUGGAAGAGUCCUUACACUCCUAUCACAGUACCGGCUUCCACCCCUCCAUCAAUGUCCAGCAACCUACCAAUGGACACAUCCCCAGCAAUGUUUUGGGGAAGAAGUUGGGCAGACCCUGCCUGGAUGUGGGGAAAAGCUUAAAUGGCUCGUUGAAGAAAUUAGACCACUCAGUAGAGAAAAGAUCCAACAAACAUUUGCAAAGAAUACACUGGUUGAAGGCCAUCAACAAAGUCAGGGAUCAGCUUCAGGAGGGACAAGAUGAUGAAUCCAACUCCAGACAAGCUUGGAUCAAGCCAGGCGGUGGAAGUGGUUUGUUUGGGAUUGACAGCAUGCCAGACCUUCGUAAGAGGAAGCCUAUACCCCUGGUCAGCGAUGUCGCUAUGUCACUGGUCCAGGCCAGGAAGGCUGGAAUCACCUCUUCCAUGGCCGCACGCUCCUCCGUCAAAGACGAGGAGCUGAAGAACCACGUUUAUAAGAAGACCUUACAGGCUCUGAUUUACCCCAUCUCCUGCACCACGCCCCAUAACUUUGAGGUGUGGACGGCCACGACACCCACCUACUGCUAUGAGUGUGAGGGGCUGCUGUGGGGCAUCGCCCGCCAGGGCAUGAGGUGCUCCGAGUGCGGGGUCAAGUGUCACGAGAAGUGCCAGGAGCUACUGAAUGCUGACUGCCUGCAGCGUGCUGCGGAGAAGAGUUCAAAGCAUGGGGCUGAGGAUCGUACCCAGAACAUCAUCAUGGCCAUGAAGGACCGCAUGAAGAUCAGGGAGAGGAACAAGCCGGAGAUCUUUGACGUGAUCCGGGAUGUGUUUGUCGUCAGCAAGGCGAUCCACGCUCAGCAGAUGAAGACCAUCAAACAGAGUGUACUGGACGGAACCUCCAAGUGGUCGGCCAAGAUCACCAUCACAGUGCUGUGUGCCCAGGGACUGCAGGCCAAAGAUAAGACAGGUUCCAGCGACCCCUAUGUCACGGUCCAGGUGGGCAAGACCAAGAAGAGGACCAAGACCAUCUACGGUAACCUCAACCCUGUCUGGGAGGAGAACUUCCACUUCGAGUGUCAUAACUCGUCAGACCGUAUCAAGGUGCGUGUGUGGGACGAGGACGAUGACAUCAAGUCCCGGGUGAAACAGCGUCUGAAGAGAGAGUCAGAUGACUUCCUGGGUCAGAGCAUCAUCGAGGUCCGCACACUCAGCGGAGAGAUGGACGUCUGGUACAACCUGGAGAAGAGGACAGACAAGUCAGCCGUGUCUGGGGCCAUCCGUCUCCAGAUCAGCGUGGAGAUCAAGGGAGAGGAGAAAGUAGCUCCCUACCACGUCCAAUACACCUGUCUACACGAGAACCUGUUCCACCACUCAACAGACAUUCUGGGCCAGGGGAUAGUAAGGAUCCCCGAUGCUAAAGGAGACGAUGCCUGGAAGGUGUACUUUGACGAGGUGUCACAGGAGAUAGUGGAUGAGUUCGCCAUGCGCUACGGGAUCGAGUCCAUCUACCAGGCCAUGACAAACUUUGCCUGCCUCUCCUCUAAGUACAUGUGUCCUGGUGUUCCCGCUGUGAUGAGCACCCUGCUCGCCAACAUCAAUGCCUUCUACGCCCACACUACCGCUUCCACCAACGUCUCCGCCUCUGACCGCUUUUCCGCCUCCAACUUUGGAAAAGAGCGCUUUGUCAAGCUCUUGGAUCAACUCCACAACUCCUUACGCAUUGACCUCUCCACAUACAGGAACAACUUUCCUGCGAGCAGUAAGGACCGUCUCCAAGACCUCAAGUCCACUGUAGACCUCCUGACUAGCAUCACCUUCUUCAGGAUGAAGGUCCAGGAACUGCAGAGUCCCCCCAGAGCCAGUCAGGUGGUGAGGGACUGUGUCAAGGCCUGUCUCAACUCCACCUACGACUACAUCUUCAACAACUGCCAGGAGCUGUACAGCCGCCAGUACCAGCUGCUGGACACACACAAAGAGGAUCUUCCCCUGGAGGAGCAGGGCCCCAGCAUCAAGAACCUGGACUUCUGGCCCAAACUGAUCACCCUCAUCGUCUCCAUCGUAGAGGAGGACAGGAACUCCUACACACCCGUCCUCAGCCAGUUCCCUCAGGAGCUGAAUGUGGGGAAGGUGUGUGCUGAGGUAAUGUGGAUGCUGUUCUCCCAGGACAUGAAGUAUGCCAUGGAGGAGCAUGAGAAACACCGGCUGUGUAAGAGUGCUGACUACAUGAACCUGCACUUCAAGGUCAAGUGGCUGUACAACGAGUAUGUGAAAGACCUGCCAAACUUCAAUAGCGUUGUCCCCGACUACCCAUCGUGGUUCUUACAGUUUGUGCUGCAGUGGCUGGAUGAGAAUGAGUACGUUUCCAUGGAGUUCAUGCAUGGAGCUCUGGAGAGAGACAAGAAAGAUGGAUUCCAGCAGACAUCUGAGCAUGCUCUUUUCUCCUGCUCGGUGGUGGACGUCUUCACCCAGCUCAACCAGAGCUUUGAGAUCAUCAAGAAACUGGACUGUCCUGACCCCAAGGUCAUGGCUCACUACAGCCGACGAUUCGCCAAGACUAUUGCCAAAGUUCUUCUGCAGUACAGUGCCAUUCUGACCAAGAGCUUCCCUUCCUACUCUGACAAAGAGAAGAUUACGUGCGUACUGAUGAAUAAUGUGCAGCAGUUGCGGAUCCAGCUGGAGAAGAUGUUUGAGUCCAUGGGUGCCAAACGGCUGGACACAGACGCUAGUGACCUCCUGAACGAGCUUCAGGUCAAGCUGAACAAUGUGCUGGAUGAGCUGAGUACCACAUUUGGAAACAGUUUCCAGGUCCAUAUUGAUGACUGUAUGAGACAGAUGGCCUCUCUGCUCUAUCAGAUUAAGGGCCCAGUCAACGCCAACAGCCACAACGUGGUGGAGGCCGACUCCGACAACAUGCUGCGGCCACUCAUGGACUUCUUGGAUUCAAAGUUGACGCUGUUUGCCUCGGCGUGUGAGAAGACGGUUCUGAAGCGGGUUCUGAAGGAGCUAUGGAGGAUUGUGAUGAGCAGCCUGGAGAAGACCAUUGUCCUUCCGCAAGGAAAUGGCACCUUUGGGGCUCAGAUCCUGUCUGCAGCCAAGGAACUGGGACAGCUCUCCAAGCUCAAGGAUCACAUGGCAGGAGAGGCCAAAAGCCUGACACCUAAACAGUGUGCUGUCAUCGAUAUAGCACUGGACACGAUCAAGCAAUACUUCCAUGCUGGAGGAAACGGUCUGAAGAAGGCUUUCCUGGAGAAGAGUUCGGAGUUGACCUCACUACGCCACGCUCUGUCCCUCUACACACAGACCACAGACGCACUCAUCAAGACCUUUGUCACAACACAACACGCACAAGUGCACAAUGGGAAGGGUAUUAGGUUAACUCCCAAUGAAAAAAUACAACCCUCCAGGGGCUCAGGAGUGGAGAAGCCAGUUGGAGAGAUAUCCAUACAGAUUGAUCUAUUCACCCAUCCUGGGACUGGGGAGCACAAAGUCACUGUCAAAGUGGUGGGAGCCAAUGAUCUGAAGUGGCAGACGUCUGGGAUGUUCCGGCCCUUCGUGGAGAUCACCAUGAUCGGACCCCACCUCAGUGACAAGAAGCGCAAGUUCCAAACCAAGUCCAAGAACAACAGCUGGGCGCCCAAGUUCAACGAGACCUUCCACUUUGUCCUGGGCAACGAGGAUGGCUUUGAGUGCUACGAACUUCAGAUGUGUGUGAAGGACUACUGCUUUGGUCGUGCUGACCGGGUGGUGGGCAUGGCUGUGAUGCAGCUGAGGGACGUGGCAGAGAAAGGCAGCGUGGCGUGCUGGUGCCCUCUGGGCCAGAGUGUCACCAUGGAUGAGACAGGCCUCACCGCCAUGCGCAUCCUCUCCCAGCGUUCAAACGACGAGGUGGCCAAGGAGUUUGUCAAACUCAAGUCUGAGAUACGUUCUGCGGAGGAGGGCAGAUGAGGUCUCCCUAAAGGAGGGGAGGAGUGUGAAGGGCCUCUAGUAAAGACAAGUGGAGAGGGAUGGGAGAACCUUUGUCACAGAAGGAAAGCCGCUCGACUUUGGACUAAUAAUGUUUCCUGGCUGCUACUGGCUGUUUGAUGGACACUGGUUCACCAACAUACGGUCACUAUUUAUCACACUCACCUUAUGAAUCUCUCACUCACUAUAUCAUUCACACACAUAGUUUCUCUCUCACUAAGUGGUUAUUACACACACUCACACGAUACUGUACUUCCUGUGGGUCUGCCAGUCUUGCACUAUGGACAUGCCAUGGGCAUUAUGUGCCAGUCACCUCCCUGCCAGCCUGUAUUUACUUCAGUACAGGGUCUCCCCCUCAUCCCACAAAUGUUUGUCAUGUGCAAUACCCCCCCAACUGUGGCCGUACGAUUGAUGCCUUACACUUUGGAAGCUGUGAAUGUGUGAAGUUUAAACUGUAACCUAUAGUACAAAACUGUUUAUUUAUCUUCCUCAAUCUCACUUUAGUGUUCUUCAGGAUCCGUGUUAAAGUCUCAUCGAUGCUACUUUAAGGGUCCAAACACGGGAUGUCUUGUUAAUGUUGGUGCAUCGGUCAAGGUAGAUUCACCUGGUUUCUAUCCUUUUGACUUCUACCACAUGUCAAGUACCCUGCUCCUAAAUAUAGUGUACAAAUACAUUGGUUUCUGCUGUAGAAAAGGAAAGUGGGGUUUUUUUUGUAUUGAAAGUGGUGCCUUGUGGUGUUUCUGAAGUGAUUUUACAUUUGAGUCAUCCACCUGUUUUCUGCCUUGAGGUACUGUAAUGCCAACAGCACUCAAUGUAAAGGGGUUGUAAGUUAUGUGUGCCCUGCCAGGAAUUGGGCUCUCAUUCCUGGCCCAUUAAUCCCGUAAGUGUACAGUGUUGACAAUGCACUUUGAAUUAGUAUUUUCUAAAAUGCUUUUGAGUCUAAAUUCAAUCAAAUUGAUUUAUAAAGCCCUUCUUACAUAAGCUGAUGUCACAAAGUGCUGUACAGAAACCCGGCCUAAAACCCCAAACAGCAAGCAAUGCAGGUGUAGGAGCACGGUGGCUUGGAAAAACUCCCUAGAAAGGCCAGAACCUAGGAAGAAACCUAGAGGAACCAAGCUAUGAGGGGUGGCCAGUCCUCUUCUGGCUGUGCUGGGUGGAGAUAAAUUGACAUCAACAUUGUCAACCCAAGGGCUGCCUUCAAUAGAGAGAGAAACUUCCAUUAAGGAUAGAUCGAGAUGUGAGCAUUUUUAAUCGCUUAUUACAGUACAUCAAAGUGCAGUGGUGUAUGGAGGGCCCUGUCUUAUACUUUGUAUUCACUAGGAAAUAACCCUGGCGAAGACAUUUAAAACAUGCUUUACAAACAUUUGGCUAAUCUUGCCAACCCUCUAUGACACACAUUUUAUUUAUCGUUUUUUUAAAUGUAUUUAUUCCAGAUGACGAAUGACGGGUCUACUAUUGCAAACAAAGAGGGCUACUAGAUAGCAUUUGAGUAUUGUUUGCAGUGGUUGUUUUGAAUGGCUUUGUGCUGCAGUACCCUACAGAUACUACCUGGACCUAGAGGAUAUUUUGGGACCAGAGGAGUUUAAACAGUUUUUUUUGUCUCCGUUGAGGAAAAACAAUUAUUUUCCAGCUAUGUUUCCUUGUAUCUCUGAGUGGCCUUGCUACUGUGAUGAUAAUAGAAGCUGUCUAUUUAAUACCUGUUUUACCCCUUAUUUUCUGUGUAUUUCUUUUGUUGAACAACAAUAGAGGAUUGGUCAAUUUGCCCGAAAUCAACUGUAUUUAAUCAUUUUGAAGGAUUUAUAUUUGUUUAAUAUUUGUUGAGUUGUAGUUAUUAUUUUAGUCUUUUUUUAAAGUUGACAUUGAAAAUGUGUGUAAACCUUUUUUGGAAACAUGGAAUGAUGGUGGAGCUGUUCAGUACUGUAUCAAUUCGCUUAAGGUGUGAUGCAUGCCAGUCAACUUCCUCAUAGAAAUGAGGGGAGAAAAAAAUCACACUCAUACUGAAAAUAUAUUUGUAUUUGUCAAGUAACACUGCCAUUGUCCAUACAAUUAUAGUCUGUUUGUUGAAUAGGAAACCACUGCAAAAUCACACACUGCAGAAGUUAUAUCUGGGCAUUAUAUACAGUAUCUACUGUACCAACGUGAAGUCCUACAUCUUUUGGGCUGUUGAUUUAGGGAAAAAUGUCUACCUUUAAGGAAGGCACUGCCACUCUUAACAUUACAUGUUCCUUGUGCCAAGCUGUCCCCAAGUGUUCACUUUUUAUAAUUUCAUUCUGUUUUUAAUACAUUGUUUUUUUAAACUUGUGAACUUUGAACUUCUGCACUACUAUUAAAUCACUACAAUAGUUAGCACGUAUAGUAUAUCAGUCAAAGUACUAUUGUGAAGUUGUAUUUGUAUUAUUGCUACUGGAUAACAUUUGGUAUUGAUCAUUUACAAUGUGUACAUUCCAAUUUAUGAAUUUUGUAUAAAGUAUUUAAGAAAUAUCUGUUGAUGUGUCUGGCAAAUUUAGUGUGUUUUCCUUUACAAAAAACAUGAUUCUCAUCUCCAGAUGUGAUAGUUAUUCAUGAAUUUUUACAUGACGUGUUUUUUUCCUGCUGUUUUUUGCCAUUAAUAUUUUGUUUGAUAAUCCGCAUUAUUUCAUGUUGCAGCGAUGUUAUUUGUAAGUGGUAAAAUACAAACCAUUGCAUAAAACUAAAGAAUGUUAGAUGUUCACAAAUAUCCUUUUCCAUUUGGUAUUUCGUAAAUGUCUGGAGGGUACCUUGCCAUUUCUCUCCAAGCUGCCAGUGUUGAGCUUGGUAGAGCCUUGUUUUAUAAUAAACACGUGCCCUGAAAAGA